AUGUCGGAAAUAUCAGUGGAUCCUGGAUGUUGCGACACAUAUUGUACAAGUUUUCAGAUAUGGUAUCUUCGUGUUAUGCGACCAGGGGAUACAGUGCAAUUUAAUCAGAGCCCUAAGAUUUUGACAUUUGGAAUAGCGCAGGCCGGGUGCGGGGUGAUGUUGAUUAUACUUGAUUUACUUGCAAUCUUCUGCCAAUUUAAAGAAUUGACUUCUCCAUCGCCAUCUUUCCUUGGUGCACCCGGUGUUCCUGUUUGGAUUUCACUUCUGAUAUUGCUAAGCGGUUUCGGCGUUAUUAUUGCUUACAAACGAAAAGACAGAUUUGUGGCUGCUAUAUCAUUUGGAUGUUCAGCGCUUGCUGUUUUAAUGGCGAUAUCGCUGAUGGCCGUAAUCACAAUGUCUAUCGCACAAGAGGUUGAUUAUUAUGAUGAAAAGAACAAAUCUAUGGGAAUAGUUAUUGGAACUAUCAUGAGCAUUUUUGUUCUCGCUGAAGUUGUGAUAACGUCAUCAACUGCGUUGCUUGGAUACCUAGCCUUGACCUCACAUGACGAUCGCUGGUUCACGGAUAGGGGCACUCAACAUUUCCAAGAUGAGCUCGUUACAGGUUCUUCCCUGUCAGCUAACAUGACGAUACCUGGAGGACAACCCGCAUUCAUGUUUUACGCCCCUUCAAACGAAGCCAUCAAGUAUUCCAACGCUUUUCAAGAUGUCUUGUGUAACGUGCAGGCGACAUCAGCUGAACGAGCAACGUCUCCUAUUGUACGGAGUUGACGAGAUGUGCAAGAUGAUCAAAUGG